AUGGCCCUAAGUGAUUUCGAUGUGCAAAAGCAGAUUAAGCACAUGAUGGCUUUCAUUGAGCAGGAAGCCAAUGAGAAGGCAGAAGAAAUAGAUGCCAAGGCUGAGGAAGAGUUCAACAUUGAGAAAGGACGCCUUGUGCAAACCCAACGACUGAAGAUUAUAGAGUAUUAUGAGAAGAAAGAGAAGCAGAUAGAGCAGCAGAAGAAAAUCCAGAUGUCUGCCUUGAGGAAUCAGGCAAGGCUGAAAGUCCUGCAAGCCCGAAAUGACCUCAUCUCAGAGUUGCUGAAUGAUGCAAAGCUGAGACUCAGCCAGAUGGUGACAGACCGAAAAUUUUACCAGGGGCUCCUGGAUAAACUAGUGCUCCAGGGUCUGCUCCGACUGCUGGAGGCUGUGAUGAUUGUACGCUGCAGGCCACAGGACCACCUCCUGGUGGAGGCUGCAGUGCAAAGAGCCAUCCCCCAGUACACCACAGUCUCCCACAGAUGUGUGGAAGUUCAAGUUGACAAAGAGGUGCAACUGGCUACAGACACAAUUGGAGGUGUGGAGGUCUACAGUAGCGAUCAGAGAAUAAUGGUUUCUAAUACUCUGGAAAGUCGACUGGAUCUCUUAGCCCAGCAAAAGAUGCCAGAAAUACGAAAGGCCUUGUUUGGAGCCAAUGACAGCAGGAAGUUUUUUGUAUAA